AGCAAGUAAAAUGAAAAACAUAUAGUUUCUUCUUUCUUCUGCGUCUUGUAGUGGUCGUUACUGUGCGAUCUAUCGCACUUUCGGCAAUUUUGAAGGAGAAGUCAUCAGCUUUCUGAAUUGAUCCUGAAGAAAAGGAUUCAUGAGAAUAUUCUGGCUUGGUUCGACUAUGCACAAAAAAUUCGAGCGACAUUCAACUGACUCUGUUUCGGCCAUUAUAGGAAGAAAGAUGGGGCUCAUAAGUGGUGUGUUGUAGAAUCAUUUGCUGGGAAUCAAUUCAAAGUUUCAGUUUUGCAUUGAACUUGGUUCUCUGGUGUCUUCCCUCUCUGAUAUCAAUGGCUGGGUUGACCCCUCUCCCUACUCAUGGCUUUGCUGUUCCCAACUCCUCUCAUAAGAACAAUUUGCGACUCUCAUCUUCUCUCCAAGAUUUCUCAGCCUAUCAUAGACUUGACACCCAUGAAGCUGUUGAAUUUAAACUUCCACAUGAUAGGAAGCAUCCCCAUCUCUUGCAGAGAGAAAAUGGUGCAUCUAGCUUCUCAAAAGAAAAGGCAUUAGGACUGUCAGGUGGGACCCCUUUUUUUAGGAGGCGGUGGAUGCGAUUAACCAUGCUUCUGUUGUGCCUCUUUUUGUUUGCUUUCUUGAUGUAUAUGGUUGCAAUAUAUAUUUAUUCUUAUUGGUCACAAGGUUCGUCCAAAUUCUAUGUUGUUCUUGACUGUGGAAGUACUGGAACUCGAGUUCAUGUAUUCCAGGCAUCUAUUGAUCACACAAAGGAAGGGGGACUCCCUAUUGUCCUAAAAUCAUUUACAGAAGGUGCUUCUAGGAAAGCAAGUUUACAGAGAGGGCGUGCUUAUGAUCGGAUGGAGACUGAGCCUGGAUUUGAUAAGUUGGUACACAACAUAUCUGGUUUGAAUAAUGCAAUUAGACCCCUUAUUUGGUGGGCAGAGAAGCAGAUCCCUGUGCAUGCCUAUAAGAGAACCUCUCUUUUUCUUUACGCGACAGCUGGAGUUCGAAGGCUGCCAAGUGCUGAUUCGAAAUGGCUUCUGGAUAAUGCAUGGUCCAUAUUGAAGAAGUCACCCUUCUCGUGUCAGAGAGAGUGGGUUAAGAUUAUCAGUGGCACCGAGGAAGCUUACUAUGGAUGGAUAGCCCUUAACUAUCACACUGGCAUGCUAGGGUCAUGGCCAAAGAAAGAAACAUUUGGUGCACUUGACAUGGGUGGCUCAUCGUUGCAGGUUACUUUUGAGAGUAAGGAACAGCUUCAUAAUGAGACUGACUUAAAACUUAGAAUCGGAUCUGUUGAUCAUAAUCUUAACGCCUAUUCUCUUUCGGGGUAUGGUUUAAAUGAUGCAUUUGACAAAUCUGUUGUUAAUCUUCUAAAGAGGCUUCCAGGGGUCACUGAUAAUGUUCUAAUCAAUGGGAAUGUGGAAAUUAAACAUCCUUGUUUGCAGCAUGGUUACAAGGAACAAUACAAAUGUUCCCAGUGCGCUUCUAAUCUCCACGAGAGUGUAAGCCCAGCAAUAGGAGGAAGAAAUUUGGGCAAAGGAGGAAAGGUAGGGAUUUCUGUUUGGCUUAUAGGCGCUCCAAAUUGGGAAGAGUGCAGUGCACUUGCAAAAAUAGCUGUAAAUUUGUCUGAAUGGUCGAACCAAAGCCCGGGGUUUGACUGUGAUUUGCAACCCUGUGCCCUUCCUCAUGGUCUGGCACGCCCUUAUGGCCAGUUCUAUGCCAUGUCUGGUUUUUUUGUGGUUUACCGGUUCUUUAACCUGACUUCAGAAGCUGCUCUUGAUGAUGUGCUAGAGAAGGGUCGUGAUUUUUGUGAAAAGACUUGGGAAUUUGCAAAAAACAGUGUUGCUCCACAGCCUUUUAUUGAACAAUACUGCUUCAGGGCACCAUAUAUAGUGUUACUGUUGAGGGAGGGCUUGCAUAUCACUGAUGACCAGAUUAUCAUCGGUUCUGGAAGUAUUACUUGGACACUUGGGGUUGCCCUGCUUGAAGCUGGGAGGGUACUUUCCACUAGAUUGGGAGUGCACAGUUAUGAGAUAUUUCAAAUGAAGAUAAAUCCAUUAGUCCUUAUUGUAAUUUUGCUUAUUUCAUUGAUUUUACUAGUUUGUGCACUAUCAUGUGUUGGCAAGUGGAUGCCAGGAAUUUUUCGGAGGCCAUAUCUCCCACUUUUCAGGCCUAACAGUGCAUCUGCCACAUCCGUUCUUAGUAUUCCAUCACCUUUCAGCUUCCAGCGUUGGAGUCCCAUCAAUACUGGGGAUGGAAGAGUGAAGAUGCCACUAAGUCCAACUGUGGCGGGUAGCCAACACAGACCUUUUGGCUUGGGAAAUGGUCUUAGUGGCAGCGGCAUCCAGCUUAUGGAUUCUUCCUUGUAUCCAUCAACUAGCAGUGUUUCACAUAGUUAUUCCUCGAAUAGCUUGGGCCAGAUGUUUGACAGUGGUAGCAUGGGUUCCUUUUGGUCACCCCAUAGAAGUCAGAUGCAACUUCAAAGCAGAAGAUCACAAUCUCGAGAAGACCUUAAUUCGUCAUUAGCUGAGGCACACAUGGUGAAGGUUUAGGGCGUGCUUUUCUAGCAAUUUUGGUGUUGUCAAGUAGAGAUCGACAAUAACAUUGAGCUGACUUGAUCAUGGACGUUGACUGAUUUCUCUCAGCAGGAAUUUCGGCAUUUUAUUAGCUGGCUUCAUUGGCCAAUUUUUUGGCUUUUAAACAAGCUGGAAUUUCUCAAGAUGCCAUUGUUUACCGCUAUCACUGGCCAUGUAAUUGCUCCAUGUUCUGCCACGCCUUAGUGAUGUCUCUACAUUUUGUAUAUCACAUUCGUUCAGUGGAGGUCUCAUUACCUUUUGACAUGGAGAAUCUGCCUGAUCAGACAGCUUGAUCAGUGAUUUCACCGCAUGUCUUGGCCAUAGUUGUUGAGGGAUUUGACUCGGAUUAGCUCUGUUUACCCAAGUAAAAAUUUUUACUUUACUUGUCAAUAAUUGGAAUGAAACCCGAUUGGAAAUAUGAAUUAUGGGAGACAGUUAUAGACAUUUUUCCCGUCGUACUCUGCACUAUCUUGGAGCGUUAUUGCUAUGAUGAAUAUAUGUGCUGUGAAUAAUAGAUUUGAUGAUUUAGUCCACUAGGACUUUGUUAAGAAACUCAGCAUUUUGAAG